UGCGUCGGUGCGGGAGGCGGAGCCCUUUGCUGCCACCGGCCUGGUCCAGAGUCUUCCAGUGGCUUGACCCCGCGAGUGGGAGGGCAGGGGAGGAAAGCUGGGAGUUGGGGGAUUGAGUCUUCUAGCCAGUCCUGACUGUAGCUGCUGUUUUCCCAAGACUGUUCCCUGCGUCCUUGUCUCCUCCUGCAGGAUGCUGAGGGCGGUGCUGUGCGCCGUCUUUCUCUUCGGCGCCCUGCCAUCAUUGGCCAGGGAAUCCCGAGGCCAUGUCUCAGUGGUCCUGCUGGGCGCCACGGGGGACCUGGCCAAGAAGUACUUGUGGCAGGGGCUGUUCCAGCUCUACCUGGAGCAGGUGAGCAGUGGACACAGCUUCACUUUCCACGGGGCCGCACUGACAGCGCACGAGCCAGGGCAGAGGCAGAUGUUCGAGGUGUUGAAGAAGCUGGCCUGCCCCUCGGACGUGUCCCCCGACAGGUGUGCUGUGGUCAAGGACCAGUUCCUCAAGCUGAGCCGGUACUACCAGCUGAAGACGGCCGAGAACUACACUGCCUUGAACAGGGAGAUUGAGACACUACUCCAGCAGGAGGGACUGGAGGAAGCCGGCAGGAUCUUCUACUUCUCCGUGCCGCCGUUUGCCUAUGCGGAGAUCGCCCGCCACAUCAAUAGCAGCUGCAGGCCGCGCCCUGGCGCCUGGCUACGGGUGGUGCUGGAGAAGCCUUUUGGCCAUGACCACAAGUCAGCCCAGCAGCUGGCCAUCGAGCUAAGGACCUUCUUCCGGGAAGAGGAGAUGUACCGGGUAGAUCACUACCUGGGCAAACAGGCGGUGGCCCAUAUCCUGCCUUUCCGAGACCAGAACCGACGCUUUCUGGACCCAAUCUGGAACCGGCAUCAUGUGGAGCGAGUCGAGAUUGUUCUGAAGGAGACUCUGGAUGCCAAAGGCCGCACCAGCUUCUACGAGCAGUACGGCGUCCUCCGCGACGUCCUCCAGAACCACCUCACCGAGGCGCUGCUCUAUCUUGCCAUGGAGCUGCCGGCCAACGUCAGCAGCGCCGAAGAGAUUCUCCGGCACAAGCUGCAGACCUUCAAGUCCUUGCAGGGCCUGGAGAGCACCAGUGCGGUGCUGGGUCAGUACCAGGCCUACGCCAGCCAGGUGCGGGAGGAGCUGCAGAAGCCCCAGGACUACGUCACCAUGACACCAACCUUUGCAGGUGUGUUGAUUCAGCUAGACAGCCUGCGCUGGGAGGGAGUCCCCUUCAUCCUCACUUCCGGCAAAGCCCUAGACGAGCGGGUGGGCUACGUCCGCGUCCUCUUCAAGAACCGGGCCUACUGCACCCAGCGCGAAAGCUGGAGGGAGGCGGGACGGAGCCAGUGUGGCACCAAGCAAAUCGUCUUCUACAUCGGGCAUGGGGAGCUGAACAGCCCUGCCGUGCUGGUCAGCCGGAACCUCUUUAAGCCCGUCAUGCCAGAGGGCAGCUGGAAGGAGGUGGCAGAUCACCCGCAGCUGCACCUCUUCGGGCACCCGCUGUCUGAUUACUACGUGUACAGCCCUGUGCAGGAGAGAGAGGCGUACUCCGUCCUCAUCUCCAGCAUCUUCCACGGCAGGAAGGACUCUUUCAUCACCACUGAGAACCUGCUGGCGUCUUGGGAGUUCUGGACCCCGUUGCUGGAGAGCGUAACCCAAAGGGCCCCGCGCCUGUACCCGGGGGGCCUGGAGAACCAGCACCUCCUGGACUUUGAAAUGACAGGCAGGGAGCUGUCCUUCCUGCUGGAGGAGCCAGUGGAACUGCUGCAUGCCAAGACGCAAGCACCCAGCGACUACAAAACCAUCCAGGCCAAGUUUCGGCAAAGCCCCUUGGUCUCAGCGUGGCCGGAGGAACUGAUUGUCCGGUUGGCUUCGAGCGGUGAGUUCCACCUGGCCCUGUCCGGCGGCUCGAGCCCCAUUGUCCUGUUCCAGCGUCUGGCGAUGCACCACUAUGGCUUCCCGUGGAGACACACCCACUUGUGGCUGGUGGACGAGCGCUGCGUGCCGCUCACCGACACAGAGUCCAACUUCCGCAGCUUGCACGACCACCUCCUCCGGCACGUCCAAGUGCCCUACCUCCACAUCCACCCCAUGCCGGUGCACCUCAACCGGCGCCUGUGUGUGGAGGAGGACCGAGGGCCGGAGCUGUACGCCAAGGAGAUCGCCGCCCUAGUGAGCAACGCCAGCUUGGACUUUGUGCUGCUAGGGCUGGGCUCCGACGGGCACACGGCUUCGCUCUUCCCACGCUCGGCCAGUGGCCUCGCAGGGGCCCAGAUGGUGGUGCUCACGGAGAGCCCCAACAAACCCCACCAGAGGAUGAGCCUCAGCCUGCCGCUCCUCAACAAAGCCAGGCAGGUGGCCGUGCUGGUGAUGGGGAAGGGCAAGCACGAAAUCGCCACCCAGAUCAGUCGAGUGGGGCAGGAGCCUGGAAAAUGGCCUAUUUCAGGGGUCAUGCCCAGCUCUGGCCAGCUGGUGUGGUACAUGGAUUAUGACGCUUUGUUUGGAUGACCUCUCGGUUUCCUCGCCCCUCGGGUCUGUCUCGUUGCCCCUUGGAGCCUGGAUUUUCCAACAAUGCGCACACGUGCCUGUGUUUUCUAUAAUAGCAGCGCCUGCUCUGAACAGUCCCUCUAACUUACAUGAAGAACCAUUGCCUGCAGCCGCUCUGUCAUCUGAGCCUAGGAAGGGGGGCGGCUCAGAUCAGCAUUGCAUUCCUGACUCUGCCGUCACAGCGCCACUCGGUGCCUCAGUUUCCCCCACACAUUAUGGUGUUAAUAAUGCCUACUUCCCUCGCGGGAGCCACCAGAGACAACUCUGGUCAGUUGCCUGCGGAGCUUUUCAGGAGUCUCGGAGGAGAGGAGCGGAGAGAAGCGCGGUGCUACCGACUGUUAAUGUUCACCUCGCAGGAGGCAGGCUGCCCCAGUCACUUUCACGGUGGCCAAAGGCCCAGUCACAGUCCCAUUCCAACUGUGUUAGAAUCCCGUAUGUGCCAGCCCUUUGCUUCAGCAAAAUACUGACCAUUUUCCUCACUCUCUUCCUCCGUGAAGCUCUCCUAGUCUGCUGUUUUCUGAUGCGGUUCCUGUUUUAGAUCUCUCCCCUACUGGCAGGCCUGGGACUCUGCUUCCUUGGUAGGACAACUGAUGUGUGGCCCUGACCCCAAUUCAGCAAAACGCCAAAGAAUUUGCUUAUCGAUAGGACUGAAGCGUGAGCUCGCCUGAAUCGGGUCUAGUCAUGGGUGGUAAAUACAGUAUCCGCCCUGUUAAUACCUGCAAAGGGAUACUGCUGUAGUCUGUCAGCCCCAUGGCAUGCUGGGGAGCAGUCACUCGCUCUUGCAAGCUUUUCAAGAGGGGUAGCCAUGCCUGGCUGAAGUCCUUGGGCACUGGAGUUCUCCAGACCCUGCCUACUCGCCUUAUUGUCUCUCAUUAACGUUUGUCAGUUGCAUUGGCCCCAUUCAUUGGGGUUGAGAGUGGGGGAAUCGAUUAGUUCCCUUCCCCGUUGCUCUGUUUAUGCAGCCCUGGAAGCUGCAAGCAGCCAGGGACUAUCCCUCGUUGACCAGUACUGUCCGCUCCCCAGCACCGUGCCGAGUGCCAGUUUGAGGAUUUAGAAAUUGCCUUCUGCAUGGGUGCGGUUUACCCACUGCAAUUUCUGCUCUUCCUAAGUGGGAAGCCAGCACCACAGGGGAUGCAAAGGGCAAGGGCUAUUUAGGGUUUCGAGAUUAUGGGGCUUGCACUGAACAUCACAGCUCAGCUCUGGUUUUUCUGAAGGUG